ACUGUCUACAUUCUUAAAUGUACAGGUUUGCAAAAUCAGAGCUCUUCCCCCAUUCACCUCCCUUUCCUGUCUCUUCACUCCAGCUGAUAUAUGGCCAGAAACCAUUACGGACCUCCCCACUCUGUUCCAAGGGAAAGGAAACUGAUGUGUGCCUCCAGGCAGAUGCUACUACAGCUGGACAGUCUUUCUUAACUCAGAAGGAAAGCAAAAAGUUCAAGGGACCCACCCUUCCAUCAAACUGGAACGAGACUGAGGGUUCUACCCAUUUUUGAAGCAGUGAUACACCUUUAUUGGAAAAAGUCUGCUUUACUUGUAGGAGUCCUCGACCACCCUCUGCUCUUGGAAUAAUGUCAGAUAUGUCUGGUUUGGAAAAGGUCAAUGCAAUGAUUCCACUUACUUCAAAUAUGCCCAGCAAGAAGGAAACGGUGUGCAUUUUUGGAACAGGUGAUUUUGGAAGAUCUCUGGGCUAUAAGCUGAUGCAAUGCGGCUAUUCCAUUGUUUAUGGGAGCCGAAACACUCAAAACUCUGGAUUGAUUCCUCAAGGAGCCACAAUCCUACCUCAUGCAGAAGCUGCUGAAACAUCUGAGGUUAUCAUUGUAGCAGUCCACAGAGUGCAUUACAGCUUUCUUACAAGCCUACAAGAAAUCCUUGAUGGAAAAGUGUUGGUGGAUGUGAGCAAUAACCUUAAAAUAAAUCAGUAUGCAGAAUCAAAUGCUGAAUAUCUUGCCCAGCUGCUUCCAGGCAGUAAAGUGGUCAAAGCAUUUAAUACGGUGUCAGCAUGGGCCCUGCAGUCAGGCGGCUUGGAUGCCAGUAGACAGGUAUUCAUCUGUGGAGAUGAUAGGAAAGCAAAAGAAAAGGUGAUAGAGAUUGUUCGGAGUCUUGGUCUUACUCCUUUGGAUAAAGGUUCUCUCUUAGCAUCAAAAGAAAUUGAGAAUUAUCCUUUACAACUUUUUCCAAUGUGGAGAUUUCCCAUCUACCUCUCUUUUGCUCUCACUGCAUUCAUCUUUUUAUACUCUGUUGUCCGUGAUAUCGUCUACAAUCACGUUGAGAACAACAAAAAUUAUUCAUUUUUUAUUGUUGUUACAAUUGCAAACCGGAUCUGCCCCGCUGUGGCACUCAUUCUUCUUGCAUUGGUCUAUUUACCUGGGAUCUUUGCAGCUAUUCUCCAAUUAUACAGGGGUACAAAGUACAGUCGCUUUCCUGAUUGGCUGGAUAAAUGGAUGCUUUGCCGGAAACAACUGGGAUUGGUCGCCUUGGCUUACGCUUUCCUACAUGUUUUAUAUACACUGAUCAUCCCCAUUCGUUACUAUGUAAGAUGGAAGGUCAAUUCUUAUGUCCUUGAUCUGGCAUUAAAAAACAAAACAGAUACAUUAUGGACCGGCUGGGCCUGGCACAGUGAUUCUUAUCUUGCUUUGGGAAUCUUAGGUUUUUUCCUGUUUGUUCUCCUCGGGAUAACAUCCUUGCCUUCUGUCAGCAACAGUGUUAAUUGGAGAGAGUUUCGGUUUGUGCAGUCCUAUCUGGGUUACCUUACACUGGUUUUGUGUACUGCCCAUACACUGGGAUAUGGUGGGAAAAGGUUCUUGAAUCAACGCUCAUACCCAUGGGGCCUUCCUCCAGUUUAUUUGCUGGCUCUCAUUAUUCCUUGCAUUGUGUUGUUCAUUAAGUUUUUCCUAAUAUUUCCAUGUAUAGAUAAACCAUUAACUGAAAUUCGACAGGGCUGGGAGAGAAAAUCCAAAAAUAUGAACCACUCAAACAGAAAUCAGAACAACAAAGAAAUAUCAUCUGUAUAAUUCCUUAAUCCCCAUUAAUCUGUGUAUUUUGGAAAGGACUGAGCAUAGUCAAAGCACUAAGCAGUGGAGACACACUGAAAAAAGGAUCUUGAGUAUGAGCUUUUGUGAGUGACCGGGGAAGAACUUUAUAAACCAAAUCCAUGACAUUUGGAAUGAGUUUCUGCAUGUUUUCAGGAUUAUGCUCAGAAAACUGUAAAACUGUUAUAGGAUUGUCAGACCAGCAAUAGCUUUCCAACCAACAUAUCCUAUCUAAAUACACUAAAAAUAUAAUAUGUACAGUGCCAAGCGUGCUACCCACAUACAAAUUGCAUUUUCUUUCUAUGAAUAUCUCUCAUUAAGAAAUUUCUUUUAUCUAUAGGAAAUUAUGAUUUUAUUGUGAGUUUAACAGGAGGGUUGCAUAAGAAAACCCUACACUCUGCACUCGACAACCAAAAAUGUGAACAAGAAAUGCUAAAUCCAAUCUUACUAAAGUGCACUUAACAAAACAUGAAAAAGUAAUACAAAACAUUGAAAUAUUCCCUGAUUCUAAUACAAAUAUUGCCUGCUGCAGACUAGCAGGAAGACACAUGAAAGAAGCAUUUUCAAGUGGUUACUUAAGGUUUUUUUUCCCAGAUCAAGGACUAAGAGUCCUUUGAAUCCACCCACACUCAUCUUGCUACUUCCAUUUUAAAGUUUUCUAUGGUGAAAUUUGUCUCGAUUCAGAAAGUAUCAGCCAAGAAAGCUGGUACAGACGCAAAUUGGGACAGAGAUCUAACAUCAGAUUUCACUUUCCAGAUUCCACAGCCUGAGUAUUCUUCUGUUAGCAAAUGCCUAACAACAUUUAACAAUGUCAAAUAUUUUAUGCUUCAUUAUCAUGCAUGUUUAAGUCAAACUCAUAAGCUAAAUCAAUAACAAAGAAGCAAUUUAAUUCAAAUUUCUUACUGUGUAUUAACAAAUUGUAUUUGUAUUGUAUCCAUAAAAAUACAUGUAUGCUGUUUUCCAAGGUUUGGUUUCUAAAUUUGUUUAUCAGAAUUUAUACUUGAUAUGUUUCAAAAAAUAAAAUAAAAUCCUUUGAAGGGGAAA